UUCCCUAACCCAACGACAUCUCUCCCCCAACAGUCACAGAACCAUUCCUUCUGCUCUCUCUCUCUCGCUCUUUCGACGGGCUCGAGUUCGCGGUUAAUAGUUUCUCCGAGUUCACUCGGUAAUGGCAAGCUUGACUACGAGUCCACUUUCCCUAGGUCGGAUUUUCACGAUAUAUCCGCCUCUGGAUCCUCCUCCGUUUGCGUCUGGAGAUUGUUUCAGCUCAUAGUGUUUGUACGGGGGUCGGGUGCGUGUUAUGUUCGUUUUAUAGUGUGAUCUCGCCGUUGAUUUCAUCGAAUCUCGCAGAUCUGAAGCCCUCCACUGUAAAUCAACGGCGUCUGUGAUGUCGGUGCUCGCAGUUUCCGUACCCACAGGAGUUCCUGAAAAGCUUCAAUGGUGGUUGAUGAAACGGUUGCUUCUAUUAUUUUAUGUGAUAUUCAUCACAGAUGCUGAUGUACCGAAUAAUCUCUUGGAAGCCCCUUUAGUCUCUCCAACUACUGCACCUGCUAUUCCUGAUCUGCCUCUACCGGCUGAGCUUCCUCUAUUACAUAAACAUCAACACAAGCAUUUUUCUCCUCGUGGUGCACCGAAAAUUGCACUUUCACCAGCCCAUGCUCCUUUUUAUGGUCCACUGGUAACUUCGAGCCACCCUCCUACUAGUUCACGACUCUCGAGACCUUCAAUGAAGAGGACUGCAUUAGCACCACCUGUUGCUAGUUUUGAGCACAUCGCCCCAAUGCAGUCUGGUGCUGGUGCAGUUCCUUCUGGAUUAGCUCAGCCACCUCUAUCCCCCUAUAACUCUGACUGUUGUGCGCAAGACAUGGUAUUGAAGCGUGCGACUCAAGGGUGUCACUGUGUGUAUCCGAUAAAGCUAGACCUUCUGCUUUUAAAUGUCUCUCAGAAUCCUAAUUGGAAUCUUUUUCUGAAUGAAUUAGCUUCUGGACUUCGUUUGGAAGUUUCUCAAAUUGAGCUGAUCAACUUUUACGUACUCAGCUUAUCAAUGUUAAAUAUUUCAAUGGAUAUAGUUCCAAAAGAAGGGAUCAGUUUCUCUGCCCGUGAGGCAUCUGCAAUAAACUCUUCCCUUGUCAUGCAUAAGGUUCAUCUAAACCCUACGUUAGUGGGCGAUUAUGAACUUCUCAAUUUAACCUGGUUUCAGCCUCCACCUCCUCCACCAGCUCCUGUUGUUACUCCUUCACCUGUGGAAUCCCCACCACAUCAGGAUCCAAAUGCUACGUCACUCAACGCUUCAAACAGUGGGAGGCAUUCAAAUUUAGUUGUAAUACUUGGCAUUGGUGCUUGUGUACUAUUCAUUGCUGUUAUAUCUGUGCUUGUACUUUGUUUGUGCACAUUCCGCCAUGGGAAGGCCAAAGCAUCUCCUGUGGAAACUGAAAAGCCGAGGACUGUGAGUGCGGUUCCAGCAGUAGGAUCUCUUCCCCACCCAACCAGCACUCGGGUACUGGCAUAUGAAGAACUUAAAGAAGCUACAAACAACUUUGAACCUGCAAGCAUACUUGGAGAAGGUGGAUUUGGUAGAGUUUUCAAGGGAGUCUUAAGUGAUGGUACAGCUGUAGCAAUUAAGAGGCUUACUAGUGGAGGGCAACAAGGGGAUAAAGAAUUUCUGGUAGAGGUUGAGAUGCUUAGCAGGCUGCAUCACCGUAAUCUUGUGAAGCUUGUGGGUUACUACAGCAGUCGUGACUCUUCACAACACCUACUUUGCUAUGAGCUUAUCCCUAAUGGAAGCUUGGAGGCUUGGCUCCAUGGUCCCCUGGGAGUAAAUUGUCCUUUGGAUUGGGACACUAGAAUGAAGAUUGCACUUGAUGCUGCAAGAGGGCUUGCAUACCUGCACGAGGACUCACAGCCCUGUGUUAUUCACAGAGAUUUCAAAGCCUCCAAUAUAUUGCUUGAAAAUAACUUUCAUGCUAAAGUUGCUGAUUUUGGUCUUGCUAAACAGGCUCCUGAAGGCAGAGCAAAUUACCUCUCCACACGAGUGAUGGGCACAUUUGGGUACGUAGCUCCAGAGUAUGCCAUGACUGGACAUUUACUUGUUAAAAGUGAUGUCUACAGCUAUGGGGUUGUGCUUCUUGAAUUGCUGACAGGAAGGAAGCCAGUGGAUAUGUCACAGCCAUCUGGACAGGAAAACCUUGUCACUUGGUGGUAUUGUUUUCAGGCUAGACCAAUUCUUAGAGACAAGGAUCGACUGGAAGAGCUUGCCGAUCUGAAGCUUGGAGGAAACUACCCAAAGGAAGAUUUCAUAAGGGUUUGCACAAUUGCGGCAGCUUGUGUUGCUCCUGAGGCAAGCCAAAGGCCUACAAUGGGUGAAGUGGUACAGUCACUUAAAAUGGUGCAGCGUGUCACAGAAUAUCAAGAUUCCAUGUUAACCUCGUCCAACAACCGGCCAAAUCUAAGGCAGUCAUCUACUACCUUCGAGUCUGACGGGACAUCUUCGAUGUUCUCUUCUGGUCCUUACUCGGGUUUGAGUGCCUUUGACAAUGACAACAUCUCGCGUACAGCAGUUUUCUCUGAAGAUCUCCAUGAAGGACGAUGAAGGCUUUUUAAGGUAAGUUAACCAGAAGUCUUCAUUCGGUGUAAAGUUUAGCUGCCAUAAACAACAUUGUGAUGAGUGUUAGGAAAAAUGGAGCAGGAUUUUCGACAUGAUGUUUAUAACUGUUGUUAGUGGGAGUGGUAGGAACAGGUGCUUUUGGGUAUCCUUCAUGGAGAACGAUAGUUCAUUCUCCCAGAGGCUGUGUUCUCCUCCUGGAUAGAUUUUGUACGUAUAUAUGCCUUGUAGCUUUUUUAAAGGGUAUUUUUAAUUUAGUGUAUUUGUAUUUCUGGUUCUGUCGUUAUAAAACUUGAAAUUGAUGUGAUAUUUUCCGACCAUUCCAUGGGAUUUGGGUUUUUA